AUGACCAUGGGUGAACUGUAUGACAGAACAAUAGAAAAACAAAAGUACUUGGAAGAUCUUGGGUACACAUACGUGUCAAUAUGGGAAUCCGAUUUUGAGCAGCAACUCCUUGAAAAUGCUGAAAUGAGGAAUUUCAUAGAACAGUUAGAACUGACAACACUAGAACCGCGCGAUGCCUUCUACGGUGGUCGCACAGAGGCCUAUACAUUAUACAAAGAAGCUUCACACGAAGAAGAAAUGGACUACUAUGACGUUACAUCACUCUACCCAUACAUCAAUAAAACAGGGAAGAUUCCCCGAGGUCAUCCAGAAAUUAUCACAGAAAACUUUAAAGAUAUAUACGAUUACGAAGGUCUCAUCAAAUGUAGAGUGGUUCCCCCAAGAGGAUUAUUUCAUCCUGUACUCCCUUCUAAGGUAAAUGGAAAACUGUUGUUUCAUUUAUGUAAAACGUGUGCCGAACACAAAGAACAGGUCUCGUGUAAUCAUUCAGACAAGGAAAGAUCAUUUGUAGGCACAUGGGUUACAGACGAGCUAAAGAAGGUGGUCGAUACUGGUUACCGUGUAGAAUCUAUACUUGAAGUUUGGAAUUUUAAGGGGGUAUCCCAGUACAAUCCAGAAACCAAACAGGGUGGGCUUUUCACUGAGUAUGUGAAUACUUUCUUGAAACUGAAACAAGAGGCGAGUGGUUGGCCAAAAUGGUGGAAAACAGAGGAAGAUAAACAAAGUUAUAUAGAUCAGUACUUUAAAAAGGAAGGUAUUCGUCUGGACUAUCAGAAUAUCAGGAAAAAUCUCGGAAUGAGAGCCUUGGCCAAACUCAUGCUGAAUUCGUUCUGGGGAUCCAACAUGCAACAGGUAGAUUAUGUAAAUGACCCAUCCGUUUACUUCGAUAAAUUAACUUCGGAUCGGGAGGAAGUGACCUCAGCCAACUAUGUUUCGGACGAAAUGGUUGAGAUGCGACGGAAGUAUAAGAAUGACUUUGUUGAUACGAACCCAAAAACCAACGUUGUUAUUGCCGCCUAUACAACAGCUCAAGCCCGUCUGAAACUGUAUUCUUACUUGGAGUACUUAGGUCAAAGAACCUUGUAUGCCGACACUGACUCGGUUGUAUUCUCUACAAGACAGGACGAAUCCAAACCGGCAUUAGGGGAUUAUUUAGGGGUCCUAACAGACGAGAUAACAUUCAGACUUUUGUAA